AUUAAAUUCAAAAUAUCUACCUUUUUUGAAAAAAUCCUUCCUCUACUCUGUACAAGGAGGAGUAACUUGGGUACUUCUGCUUUUCUGUUUUUGAUUUCUUUUUCUUCUUUAAACCUUACUUAAUAUUUCAUUUUUUUUGUUAGGUUUUCUUGAAAGGUGGGGUUUUUGUUUUCUUUCUUAUAUAGAAAUUCUUUUCUUUGAUUAUUGUCCCAUCAUUUUUUUUUGCUUUUAACUUCUUUACCAUAUUCCCCACCUGGGUUUUUUUGGGUAUUAUUAUUAGUAUUAUUAUUUUAAAUUUUGUUCCACACACCCACAUGCAUGUUCUUCAGUUUGUCUGAUCUGGAUUGGAUCACAAGGUGUUAUUUUUUUUCCUACCUUGAAGAAGUGUAAAGAGAGGAAUAGAAAGGGAGGUUUCUUUGGUGGGGUUAGUUGCUUGAAGUUUCUCUUCUUUCUUUUUUAGGAGCAAUCUUUGAUUGGUUAGAAGAAUGAAGAAAUAAAGAACCAGGCAAAAGCAGUCUUGGGGUUGAUAGCAUAUUUGGACCCCUUUGCCAUGGCUGGUAUUGAUGUUUCUAAGUAUGCACAUAGUCCCGUGCAUGUGGCUGUUGCAACGAGGGAUUAUGGUAGUCUCAGGAGGAUACUUGAGGCUCUCCCACGUCUUGGUAACCCUGAUGAGAUUCAAACUGAAGCAGCCUCAUUGGCCGAGGAAGAAAAGGCUGAAGAGAUUGCUGCUGUGAUUGAUAGGCGUGAUGUUCCUAAUCGGGAUACCCCUCUUCAUUUGGCUGUUAAAGUUGGUGAUGAAACUGCAACUAAAAUGCUUAUGGCUGCCGGUGCUGAUUGGAGCUUGCAAAAUGAACAAGGAUGGAGUGCACUCCAAGAAGCAAUUUGUAAUAGGGAAGAGUCUAUUGCGAUGAUUAUUGUUCGGGAUUACCAGCCAUUGGCAUGGGCAAAAUGGUGUAGGAGGUUGCCUCGUUUGGUGGGAACUAUGCGAAGGAUGAGAGACUUUUACAUGGAAAUCACAUUCCAUUUUGAGAGUUCUGUGAUACCUUUUAUUUCCCGAAUUGCUCCUUCUGAUACAUAUAAAAUUUGGAAGACGGGUGCGAAUUUGAGGGCUGAUAUGACUUUGGCCGGAUUUGAUGGUUUCAGAAUUCAGCGUUCAGAUCAGAGUAUUCUUUUCCUUGGUGAUGGUUCUGAGGAUGGUAAGGUUCCUCCUGGAUCACUUUGUAUGAUCUCACAUAAGGAUAAAGAGGUGAUGAAUGCUUUGGAUGGUGCUGGUUCUCAAGCAACUGAUGAAGAGGUUCGAAAAGAAGUGGUUGCAAUGUCUCAGACUAGUAUAUUCAGGCCUGGAAUAGAUGUGACACAGGCAGUUCUUUUGCCACAAUUGACUUGGAGGCGACAAGAGAAAACAGAAAUGGUGGGUGCCUGGAAAGCUAAUGUGUAUGAUAUGCACAACGUUGUUGUUAGCAUCAAAUCAAGGAGGGUGCCUGGGGCCAUGACAGAUGAUGAGUUUUUGGGAACUUCCAAUGAAAACGAAGCAGCGAGUGAAGAGCUUGAUGAGAUUUUGACAGAAGAAGAAAGGAGACAACUCGAAGUUGCUCUUAAAUUGGAUUCUUCAGAAAUGUCCAAUGAGAGUGAAGAUGGCAUUAUUGGACAUCAGCAUAGCGGUUAUGAGUCUCGGGAAAUUCCUAUCGAGGAAACCAACGGUUUUAAAAAUGGGGAGACUAAGCAGGAAAAGAAAGGAUGGUUUGGUGGAUGGAGGAAAAAGGAGACAAAGCAUGAAGUGCAGAGGAAGGUUGUGCCACCUAGAAGUUCUUUCCUUGUUGAUGAAAAGGUGAGUGACUUACUAGGAGACUCUCCAUCAAGGAGUCAGAUAAAACCUGGUAGACAUUCUGUGGAGAUUGUGGCAACAGAUGAUCAUAGGAGGAUAAGAGAUUUGAGAAUAUCUACUUCUAUGAGUUCUGAGAGUAGUAAUCGGCGUAAAGAUAGUAGCCGGGAGAACGAGUAUAAGAAAGGAUUGAGGCCUAUUCUUUGGCUUUCUCCGAACUUCCCACUGCAAAUUGAAGAACUCUUGCCUUUGCUAGAUAUUCUUGCCAACAAGGUCAAAGCAAUUCGGCGGUUGAGAGAACUGCUCACGACAAAGCUUCCUGCAGGAACCUUCCCAGUAAAGGUUGCUAUCCCUGUCGUUCCAACAAUCAGAGUAUUGGUUACUUUCACGAAGUUUGAAGAACUACCACCCGUGGAUGAGUUCUCGACACCCCCUUCAAGCCCCACUGCCGGCCAAGAAAGCCCUGCUGUGACACAAUCCUCGGGUUCUUGGUUUCAGUGGAUAAAGACUCCAUACCAACGACCUAGCUCUUCCAAUCAUAGCUACAAUAAGAUAGAAAAUCUUCAAGAUCCGUUUGCAAUACCGCCCAAUUAUACUUGGAUUACAGCUGAAGCAAAGAAAAAGAAGAUGCAAGAGAAGAGCAAAUCAAAGAAAGGUAAGGGUCAGAAUCAUUGAAGUCAGGCUAUGAUCCCGACGUAUAACAAGUUCCAGCUUUCCAAAAGGAACUCCAGCAGGUACCAAACGGGAAAUAGUGUUUCAUUAAAUCCAUUGAAAUGAAAAUAGGGAAAUAGAUAAUUGGAGCUGUGCUCCAUGAAGUAUGGAUGUUCCCUUCCCUUCUAUCACAGGAAAAUUCGAUUGUGGGGGCAUAAAACAGGUGGAAAGAAAUGUGAUUUGGUUGGCAUUUGGUAGGAUGUUACAAUCUUUGGAUUACUGAUUUAUAUAUUUUACUUGUGACUAACUUUUGGCUACAUACAGUUACCUAUUUCUGGCACUGAUAUUGUUAGUAGCCAUCGAAAAAUCUAAUACGAAUGACUCGUUAUUCACUAGAGUUCUUGGCCAUAAUAGUUAUGUAGGAUAGGUGGCUGAGUUAUUCUGUAACCACUUAGAAUUCCUUUUAGUUCACCUUGUGCAAUGUGUCUUUUUCUUUAUCUGUAUUUGUUCCAUUGCAAAGCAAAUUCUCUUAUGUUCUGAUGAUUAAUGAUUGAUGGAGCUCUACUUGAAUAUGGAAAC